GAGAAUGUUGUAAAUGUGUGAAUGGCCUUGCCGGUUUGGGUUAAAACCUUUGUGGCUCAACAACACAUCUCCAAGAGCACUCAAUAUCAUCUAGUCCGUAGAAGACUAGAAGGUCAGGACAUGUGUGCAGUGAGCUUCCCCAGGAAACUGUCCCAGGUCUCAGCAAUCUCUGGUUUAAAAGCCUUCUGAGCUGCGAAGGAACACAUCAAAUUGCUUUCUGAAUCUAUCUAACUUCUUGGCACCCUGCGUAUCCUUUGACAGGGGGUUCUGCAGCUUAUCUGUGUUUUAUAUGAAGAACUGUUGUCUUAAGUAUUUUUUGAACCUGCCAUCAGCUGAUUUUGUUUAACACUCCAGGUCUUUGAAAUGGAGGAUAAGGUGAUCAGCCCAGAAAAAGUUGAAGAAGCAAAAUUGAAAGCAAGGUAUCCUCAUCUGGGCCAGAAGCCAGGAGGCUCAGACUUCUUGAGGAAGAGGCUUCAAAAAGGACAAAAAUACUUUGAUUCUGGUGAUUACAACAUGGCUAAAGCAAAGAUGAAGAAUAAGCAACUGCCUACUGCAGCUCCUGACAAGACAGAAGUCACUGGUGACCAUAUUCCUACUCCACAGGAUCUUCCACAGCGGAAACCAUCUCUUGUUGCUAGCAAGCUGGCUGGCUGACGAGAAGAGCUGAACUGCAUGAUUAUUCUCAUUCCUGUUAUUUCUCCUUAAUAGUUAUUUCUCAGCCUCACAUCCCCCUUUUUCUUUCUUACACUAAGUCAUGAGACUGACAGCUUUGCAGAUAGCGAUAGCAUGUGCUGCUAUUGUAAGGGAGUACUGUUAAGAGUAAAACGUGUAGUAUUUGGACUAGUUGAGAACAAUGCACUGAUUAAAAAGGACAAGUUUGGUUAGAGCAAUGUAAUCUACUUGAAAAUGUACAUAUUGCCUAUUUCCUAGUGUAGGACUGGUUCCAGCAAGUGACAUCGCAACUUUUACAACUUCUAAUGUUUCUGCUUUUGUUAUUUCAUCUUAAUUACAGCAUAUUUGUAUUUAAUAUAACCUCCAGUUGUGUUGGGUUUUUCUUCUGUGUUUGGGUUUGUUGUCUAAAAUAGAGGUUUAGACCACAAGUUGCUAGAUGGUAAAGCAUGUAUAAAAACAAAGACAGGGCUCUGAUUGAAUUUUGUUUCUGCUUUUGAACUUGAACGGCCUUAAACCUGUUUCAGCUUUAACAAUAGAGUUUUUACUUGGGCAAUAUUUGCCCAUUCUGGUGUAACUCUUGUGAAUCUAGUGCUUAUUGGCAACUGCCUGUUGAAGCUGGUAUUCUUUUCAGUUCCGUAGCUUAGGACACACUUUUGUUGAAGAUGUGAAUGAAGUGUGCAUGUGCAUAGACUGUUGAAUUCACUCUUGUGCCAUUUUUGUAAAUACAAUAGUUUUGCACAACCUUUUGCAAAUGUCUAUUAGUUUUACAUUUUAAAAAGCGGAUAAUGUGCCAAUCAAAGCACAAGUGAUUCUGUAUCUUUCAAAGUCUUGUCCUGAAACUAAGAGCCCAGAAUCUUGCUACUGAAAGUAAAAAUUGAAUAGCUGAAAUUUGUGAAACACUUCUAUUUACACUUGACUCAGCCUUAUGCUUUUGCGGUUGUAUAUUUUGUUUGGCAACAAUGUCCAGCAUUCAAAUAUAAAUCUGAUAUUUGUACCUGUAUUUGGAGGCAAGUGCCCUUUCUGUUCAGCAGCUCUUCAAGCUUUUAAAGCUGAAAUGCUGUGUCUGAUGAUGUGGGAGAUGGCUAAAUGUACUGUUCUAGAGAGUUUCCUGUGUGGCAAACUCCAAAUCUAGGCUUGCUAAGGUUUGAUUACAACGCAAUGGUCGUUGGGCUGUUUUAGACUUCUGAAAGCAGAAGGGUAUAAUUUUCUUUUUUUCUUGGACUCCUGAAGUAGUAGUAAACUAAUUCCUUUUAUCUUUGUUAUACAGCAGCCCCUCAUUGGCUUUGGGGAAACAAAGAACUGGAAGUGGUAUUUAUAUAAUGACUUAUUGAGAAAUAGGUAACAUUUCAUGUCGGGAAAUAGGAAUGAACUUCAGUUCAUCUUUAUGAUGCAGGUCAUAAGUACUAGAUUGCCAAAAUACGUGGUAGAUAUUAGACAGGUAAAUUAAUGCGUUUAAAAGUAUGUUUGUUCAAUGAAGUCAGAAUAUUAGAAGUGCAGUAUGAUCCACAAUGUAAUUGAUUUUAAUAUAGGUAAUCACAGCCUGGAUGUUCUUUGGAAGUAGAAGAAACUCUUUAAAAAGAUCAGUUUACUGAAUACUUUUUCUUUAAAGAAACAGUUCUGAAACAGCCUGUUCAAAACAAAGCACUGUGGGUAUUAUAAGAGAAAACACUCUUAAAGGUGCCUGGUUUUAGAAGGGUGUGCUUUGUGUUGACAUAUUCAGAAAGGUCUUACAAGAUAAAGGACUGCUAGUCAAAAAGAACACUGGCCCUUCUUUUCUGCAGUGAUCACUUCUAAAGGCAGACAUAAGAAAAUGAUCAAGACAAAAUGAAAAAUCUUAAUUUGGUUCUGUUUUGAUGAGAACACGAGCAAAGUACAUUGGUGUCUGUAUAAUGUCUUUGGUUCAGAGAAGUCAUUCCAGAGAAUUUCAAAAUUGCUAACCUGAUUCUUUUUAAGUCUGUAUAGCCCUUUUCUAGUAAUUAAAUGGGCUCUGUCAAGCCUGUCCUUGUUCCUUAUCCUCCACUAGUAUUGUAAAGAAUUUGUGAUUUUUGCAGAACAGGUUGAAGAAACAGUCCUACUUGACUUCUUGAAGUCAGAAAUUAGGCUGGGAGAAUAGCAAGGGAACUGGAUAUAUUGAAGCAAACUGCUUUUUAUAGAUGUUUGUCCUAAUGUGAAAAUCCCUCUUUAUUUUUGUAUGUAUAAAUGGAAUUGAAACUUAAUGAUAGGACUGGGCCUGAAACAAAUUUUGAACAUUUUAAGGUGACUUGCUGUGUAUUGUCUGGUGCCACUACUCUGCAGCUCAUGUAAGGUGAGCUUUCUUGAUGUUUGGGAAGGUUUAAAAAUAUAGCCAUUUAAAUUUAAACAUUCCACUCAGCUACGACUCAGCUUGUCCUGCUGGCUGGACAGCACAAGCUUUUCCAAUGUUCACUUGGUGACUUGCAGUUCUGAAGAUUACUACAAAUUCAGCUAUGAAUAUAUUAUCCGUGUGUAUAUUUGAGUACUGUAAUACUAACUAGGUCAAUGACUGAUUACGAGCCUUCACAUCCCACAGACCUCAGCAGCAGGCACAGCUAUUUUGAUUCUAUACACUGUAUAAAACUUAAGUCCAGUAAUCACUUAACAGUAAAUCAAACGUGACUGCAAAUCAAUGCUUACUUUCAGCUUGCUUCAGCAAGAUAACUCAGCUAUCCAAACUUAUGUACAUAAUGUAUUAUAUGAGUUUUACCAUUUGAUAAUUACCUUUUUCAAAUAAAACCUGUCCACACUGUAGACUGGCAGUCCCUUUCAUAUCUUGCCUUUAAAGGUAGACAUGUCUAGUUAUUAGAGUAGUACUCACGUAGGCUUAUAAUAGCAGAUUGCACCAACAUUUUAUUCAAGAUAAUUAAGUGGAUUAAUUACAAAUUCCUAGAUAUGUCCCCAAAUCUGUAGCACCAAAGGCUUCCCUCUCAUUGUUCUUGAUGUCGUAGGACAGUGUUUGUGUAAAGGCUGCAGGAGUACAUUUUGUUGGACAUAUUUACACCCAGUGAAGAUGUUAAGGUGAUACAAAUGUCAACUGUUCUUUACAAGCUAACACAUUGUAUAGUAUACAGAAUAAAUUGAUCUACUUAGUUUUUAUUGCAAUGUGGAGAUUUGUCUCGUCUUUACUGUGGUUUCCUAAAAGAUACUGCAUACUUCGCUAUUCUCUACGGAAAAUUUCUAAAACCUAAAUCUUCCUACUCUGUAUCACUAAAAAUAUGACUGGGCUUUGGUUUCUAGUAUGUUAGACUACAGAAUUACUUUAAUGUAAUCACAUUUAUAUAUAUUUCAGUGCAUAUUUUUCUAAUAAGGCAAUUAAAGCUUAUUGUUU